UACGGGAGCUGCAGCAUUGAAAUCAAUUCCAAACUGUUUAGAAAAAAUCAAAAUGCAGAGGUGAAGCGAAAGUGUGUAACGAGAUCCUACCCGAGCGAUGUAAAAAUGUGUGUUUGUGUUGAGAAUGUAAAAUGAAGCUUGUGAACAUCUAGCGGAAAAGUGUGGUGAACGGCAGCACCAUUUGUGAAGUGUUAACAGAAAUCGACAGGAUUUGCUACAAUUCUGGAAAUCAGGAAAAACAACUCCUACAGGGAAAGGAUACGCAAGACACACACAAACACAUACACAUGCAGUGCAGGAAGAAGCUCGUUGGUAGGAUCUGCUGCUUCCCCUUUACUAAACGGCAGCAAGUUGAGUUCCGUUUGCGUGCGAUUGUAAGUUUCUCUCAUCCCUCGCCCGUGUAAACCAUGACACAUUGCUCGCUGGUUUCUUCCCACGCAGCACCACCAGCGCAUCAUACAUCAUUCGCAUCGAUCGGCGGACGGCCAACGGACACUAACGUGUGAGGGUCGCCGUGCGAGCGCUGCUGCUUUCGUUGCACCACUUUCUACUGUUUCGUCGGGCGUGCAAAGUAGGCAGUGCUUGGAGUUGACCGAUAUCCGUUUUUUUUUCGGGGGUUUUCUUUUGUGCCAUUACUCCUUCCCUGGAUAAACCCGUGCCCGGCAGCUCCCAUGCGAGUAAUAGCGGGAUACAAAGAAACAGUACGCCCCAACCGUCGUUACAGUGUAGUGCUGUGCUGUGUGUAGUGCUGUAAUAAACGUGCCACUUUCCCGGAAGGAGUGGAAAACACACACACACACAUACUUCCGCUGCCAAUAGGAUGAUGGAUUGCACCCACAGCGGUAAUGGUGGCAGUGGCGUAAGCGGCACCAGCACCGGAUGCCACAAGAACGAUCUGAACCUGCUGGUAAAGAAUAUCGUCAAGAUACUGCUGACCACCUCGAAGUACCUGCACUGCCCGUUCUGUGCCGACGAGUAUCUGUUCGAGUUUACGCUCAAGCACCAUCUGCUGAAGAACCACGAGCGCGACCUGGAGAAGAUUGUCCGCUCGCCGGACGCCAGCAUCCGGUUCUGCGAGAGCAACAUCUGCCCGUACUGUGGCGCCCUGUUCUACUACAUCUCCGCCCUGCCCAAGCAUAUCAUGAACAGCCACAGCCGCGAAUGUCUGAUGAAGUGGCAAGCGAUCGAGCAGGAGAACAGCCUGGUGCGCAAGCUGGCGAACGAUCCGAGCAUCCAGUGCGUGCCCUGUUCGCCCGGGCUGAGCGACUUUUUCGACGAGCUUACGACGACGACGGGGGCGGCGACGGGUGGCGACGCAGGUCGCCCGACCGCCGGUAGCAGAAACAUCAUGCAGCUUACCAAACCGUCGCCCCUGCUCAAGACGGCCCUGCGCAACGUGAACAGGAUUACGGUGGCCGCGAACGGUGGCAACGGUGGCAUCGAUCCAACCGGCACGUCCGCCUGGUCGAGCUUCGGGUUCGACGGUACGCAAACGCGCCGCAGCAGCAACCUCACCAACCAAUCCGUCCGACGCGAGCUAAACUUCGGCGACGAUCGGUCGUCCGGCCGGCGGGAGGACGGUUGCUCGCCCGUCAGCGGCUCGCCGUCGCUCUGCAACCUGAUCGCGGGCAGCUGCUCGCCCUCGCCGAGCAGCGAAUCGAUCUCGUCCGCCCGCAAGCCCAAGUUCCAGCGCAAGCGCUUCAAUCUGCGCUCCAUCAAGCCGAAGCUUAACUUCCGCAAGUACGUGCUGUCGAAGUUUUCGAAAAAGUACCACUGCAAGAUCGUGACCAGCACGCCGAACAACUUCCUGGACGAUGGGCUGAGCAGUGGCGGCGGCUGCGGUGGCGGCGGCGGCAGCAGCCGCGACACGACCCGCUUCCUGCACAACCAGGAGCGCUGGAACCGGAUUCACUUCGAAUGACGAAGGUAUGGGUCGCCGUUAUCGUGCGUCGUCGAGUAUCUGUGCGGGCUGCUGUUUUGCUGCGUGUAAGGCGAAGCCCGUUUGUUUGCCUCUCGUUCGUUUCAACUAAUUCCAUUUUUUUACCCGUUGGCCAACCCUGCCAAUGGCCAACACAAACCAACCGUUAAGCGGAUAGCGUGCAACGAGAUGUACCAAAACUUGGCUGUGCAAUCAUUUCUUUCCUCUAGAGAGAGAGAGAGAGAGAGAGAGAGAGAGAGAGAGAGAGAGAGAGAGAGAGAGAGAGAACCCAUAGAGAGCAGGUUGGAGAACUGGUGGAAUGUUUUGUAGUUUGCUUUGCAGCAAAAGAAGCCGUUUGUUAACUUUCCAGCAGUUCCAGAAUGUGGCAGAGAGCGUUUAAAAUAGGCGUUAUAUCACAUUGCCGCUAUACUUCCACCAGGAGGAUCCAUUCUUCGGAGAUUGGAAGAUUCUGAUCGAAAACGAUCGUCAUCUGUGAUCGGGUACGAUGAGCUGCCAAUGCCAAUCGUAGUCGUAGUAGGCAGUGUGGAUGUGUUCUUUCUCCGUGGAAACAUGCCUUAAAGAAAAACCGAAGGAAGAUGUGAUUGCUAUGACGAGUGCUCGGUUUAAACUACAAUAUUUUAGCUUACGACGUACAGAGGAGAAAAAGAAAAAGGAGUGAUCCUCGCAACUGGAAGAUGAGGAUUCAACACACGUUACAUGGCUCUUAAACUCUUAAAUUCGAACAAGAAAAAAAAACACCAAUAUUACAACUGGACCAAUAAGAAUGUAAUCGUAAGAACGAGUGUGCGAGUGUCGUAUUGAUUCGUUCCCAAUUGCUUGUAGUAGGAGGUUACACGGCUGGCCAACCGAAAGAGAGGCGAUCAUUUUAACGUAAGGGAUAGAAAUUAAGCGAAAAGGGAGAAGGGAGCGUUGUAGUAUUACUACCUAGAAGAAGAAAGAAAUCGUAUAGUAUCGCAUUUUGAAUCACAUUCGUUAAUUUAUGAACCUAUUAAGCGGUAGAAAUAGUGUUUCGCCCUGCCGAAGCCGAAGAAAGUGCCCGUCAGGGCGUGUGUAGUUUUAAUAAGUAACGAAUCAAACAAAAAUCGAAUCUCUCGUUCUUGCCUUCGAAAGUCGAAAAGAAUCUUUUUUACAAAACGGAACCAUAAAACACCAAGCUGUUACCCCCCGCCCCCCCCUCCCAUCCCUUCUCAUAUUUAACUCUUUACCCACGACAACCUAAACAAACGUCUUAACCCACGACAACCUAAACAAACGUGAAACGAAAACUCCAAACUAGUAAUAGCGUAAAGAAAACUAAUAAGUAAUGAAUUUUAAAAUCGCUUCCUUCUCGUGCGCUUCCAAUUCGUUCCAAGAGAGAGAGAGAAAGGGGAGAAAAUAAAGUAAAUGAAAAUAGGAGCAAAUUACAAUAACUCUCUUGUCUCAACCGCGCAGGGCGUCCACAGUGUGUGCGAGGGCACUGCGGAGAGUAGCGUUGUAAGAUCGGACAUUUUUCGACAUCUUCCAUACUUAAAGCAAUUAUCUGGAACUAGCCUUACUAUGAAGAAAAAGAAAAAAAAAACAAUUAAAAACUUAUUACCGAAAUCUCCCUUAAGUAUACACACAAUUUAAAAUGAGUAACUUAUAAAUAAAUAAACAAAAGAACAACGAUCGCCAUACGCGGAACCGGCGGCGUGAAGGAAACGGCUACAGGAGUAGCGAAGUCCGCGCAGUUCGUAGUAAUAAAUAUAUAUAUUUCGAAUAGAAUCUUGGCACUAUUUACCAGAAAGCAUCCAGUAGUAGAGGCAUGCGCCUGCUAGUAGAUAAGCGUAAAGACAGUUCCAUUUACAUACCGGAUCGAUCCGAUAGAAGGAAGAAAUAGUAAUUUAUCAUUCCUUACCUUGUACCAGCAUCACAACAAGCGAAUGCAUAGUAGUAUUAGUAAAUAUCUCCCGUUAAAGUAUUUAUGUUGAAAAAUAAACAAACUUUCUCUGCUCGAA